UAUUGACCAAUAUGGCGGCGCCCAGUUCUUGGCGAAUUUAUUGUUUUGGUAGCCUUAUAACGAUUUUAAUUGCGUUUCUAUAUAGUAGGGUAACCGUCAAUGACAUAUUAAAUGAAAGGCUACACCAGGUUACAACGGGUCUGCUCGAAGUUGAAAUCAAGCAUGCAGUACGGCCUAAAGUAUCACCCAAAGUAGCAGUUGGGUUCGGUGCCUGUAAAGAUUUAUUUACUGAUGCGUCAGAGCUGCUUGCGAGGCUCAAUACUGAAAUCCCUGUUACGCCUUUCCACUAUAAUGUACUUAAUAAUGUCACUGAGUUGAAGAGUACCUUUGCUUACUUUUACCAGCACGGUGCUGCAGCUGAGCGCUUCAUGUCAAAUAGCACACUGUUCUCAGAGAUGAUUGCAAUUGGAGCACAGCUGCCAGGUGCACACUGGGCUCUUGGGGGCAAUGCCCCAGUGAUGGCGUCACGAUUUAAUUUGGAGGGAUGCGAGGUGUUGCUAGGCACAAAGAUGUCAGAAGACCUUAAAUCGUAUUUUGACCCUAGAAUAAAAAUUUCAGGUGGAAAUCUUGCUAGUGAUGAUAUUCAUCUGAUAUUGGAGUACAAAUCUGGUGAUAGCUGGGGCAAACUGACAGCUGCGAGGGCCAAUAGGUUUAUUGUUCACAGUGACCUGAACAACCCUACUAUCAGUUCCUUAAAUGACUUCACUGCUGAGCUAAAGAGUUUUCAUCCACAACUGUUAGUAAUUGGUGGUCUACAAAUGAUGGACAACUUUCCUUUCAAACCGGGACAAAGACGUGAGAUUUUGCAAAAGAUCCGGAAUACCAUCCUGGAUCUAUCCUGUUGGACAAGGCUUCACUUUGAGAUGGCUUCUUUCACUGAUGAGUCACUUCUGCAGGACCUGGCUGAGUUGGUAUUCCCAUACAUCGACUCGUUUGGCAUGAAUGAGCAGGAACUUCCAAACCUCUAUGCAGCUUUGUACAAAAAGAACAUAUCCUUGGUCUCUGACACUUAUCCUCGGGUAGCAACUGUGCUCGACCAAAUGCGUGAAGUGUUUCGUGUUGUAAACACGAGGCAGAACCAGCGAGGCUGUGAGCAGCAUGCUCGGAUACAUGUGCACACACUUGCAUAUCAGGUCAUCAUGACACGACAUGGAUCUUCAUGGAAGAACAACCUGGGCGCUGCUGCGAAGGCAUCCCUCACUGCUAAUCGGCACACAUGCGGUUCUGGGGAGAUCGAUGUAGCCAAGGCUAGGCUCAUCUUGGAUAAUUCCUUUGCAUCGAGCAAACACGAUGGCGGCAGACGUAUUCACAUCGAUGAUGGCAAACCAGUGUCAUGCUGGAGAGAAGAAGGUGUUCACAUCUGUGUGGCACCUGUACUAGUGUGCACUGAGGUGCUCCAGACUGCUGGUGGAGGCGACACCAUAUCCUCAGCAGCCCUCGCCUAUCAGAUAUGAGGUUUGGAACUAUAAAUCAGUAAAACAGCUAUUCAGCAGUGAUGACAUCAAAUUUUUGAUCUUAGAGUUGUACUCUAGAUAAUCAAAGAGUACUUUUGAUUACAUCUGUCCCUCUAUAAUAUUGUGGGAUAUAAAUGUGGUGGGAAAUAUUUAUGGUAUGCACCUUACCUCAUGAUACUGGGACCACAAGCCAGCGCUUCGUGAUAAAAUUUAUAGCCAAACAUAUUACUGCACGUUUUGUGUGUAAUCAUAUUUUUUUAGAAGAGGCCGAUUUGGCAAUCAGUACUUGGAAUUAUAUCUUGUUGAUCUGUUAAUGCUAUGACAAUCGGUGUUUGUUAAUGCACGUUAUUGAUCUUUGUGACAAUCGUGGUUUUUUUAAAUAUUAUUGAUAGUUAUGAAGAGAAUGUUUUAUAUUGUAUGUUUAUGACAGUUCAAUAUAUUUUAUUGUUGAUGACAAUCAUUAUACGUUAAUAAUUUUGUGAAGGUGAUUAUCACAAGAUACGCAACUAAACAUACGGCCAAGGUUAAAAGUCAUUCUCGUGGCUUUCAAUGCAGUCAUAUAUACCUGGUGAGCAAUACAAAUCCAUUUACAAGUGGAAUUUAUAGCAUUCUUGCAACAUGACAAUUGUAAAACUACCUAGUAGAAAAGAUAUACCAGGUACAUGUAUGUGUCUUUAUGACACGAUUGAAAACAGCACGUGAUUAUUUUCAUUUGGUUGUGUUAUAUUUUAUCUAAGUCUGUUGUGACUGUAUGCAUUCGGUUUAUAAUUAACUUUCACACACAUUUCAAGUAUUACUAAACUACUCGAAAUAUC